UGCAUGCAAGUUUUGCUUUGUUUAAUUUUAUUUUGCUGCAUGGGAUUACGAACAGCUGAUCGGACCUGAAUGUUUUUGUUUACUAAUGCCGGUUGCAAAUAAACAACUGAAACAGGUAACAAAAAUCUAGAAAUCGAGGAAACGUUGAAAAAUUUGGUAACUUUUAGCGGUACAAAAAGUUUCUUCGGUUCUACUGCAGCACAUUAAGGCAUGAAAUGAAGAAGGACAAGAAAGUACGAACUGUAAUUCUUGCAAAGAUCUUAGUUGAGCGUGAUUUCUUAUCAAUUUGAAUCAAGCUAAGCGUAUCAAUCUGGAUUAAUUGAAACCAUGUCUGAGGAAACAACUAUAGAUGACCUACCCGAAGAGAUGCUGGAAACGAUCUUUUCACACCUAGACCUAGAAGAUCGUAAAUCAGUAACCGCCGUCUGUCACCGAUGGUCCCGGCUAGCUCUGCGCUGGUCAGAACUUCAACUGGAAGUGGAUUUUCGAAAGUGUGGCACGGAGGAAUCCUACCGGCGGACACUUCUAGACAGCCAACGACCGUAUAGGCACCUGGUGUGCUAUUUCGGCUACGAUUACGCCGUGGGCGAUUUGCUGCUGUACAUAUUGGCCAAAUUUAGUGAAAGUCUGGAAACGAUGAAGCUGAUACCGAACCAGUUUGUUCCGGUUGAACUUUCGUUCUUUGCUAGUUUGACUAAAUUAAGUGCAAAUCUUAAGAAGCUGCACAUCGAUGCCUGCAACUUUCGAGAUAAUUCGGAUGGCGAACUCGAGUUUCAUCCGCUCAACAAUCUCCAGGAUCUUUACCUGGAGAACAACCUGCUGGAUCUUUCGGGAGGACACGAAAUCCGGGAGCUGACACCAAACAUCAGCGCCCUUCACGUGCAAAUCAGUUACUACUCGGAUCGACCGCUGCACGUUCUCCGACAUUUUGGACCCCGUCUGAAAGAGCUGGAAGUGUGGUUCCUAAGUGAGGAUCGCUUUCUGGAAGUCUGUUCGAUGGAAUUUCCAUGCUUGCGUAAAAUAAACUUUUACUGCGUCGAUUGGAUAUUCCAGGAUGGAGACACGAUCCAAAUGGUGCAACAGUUCUUCCGGAAAAGUCCGGAACUGCGGGAGGCCACUCUCAGGUGUAACAUGAUCGAGCCGAUUCUGGCGGAUUUGGCUAAUAGCUGUAAAAAUUUGCGCUUCCUCUGUUUGAGUAUGGAAACUGUGUCGGCGGAUUGCUUCCGGUGGUUUAGUUCCCUGCAAAAUCUGAAGUCACUACGCCUCGAAGACGCUACGAUAGAGUCACCCAACUUGGAACAAUGCCCUACACUGUCAAGUUUGCGCAAAAUAUCGCUUUACUCAGUUAAAAUCACGAACGCGCUAGACUUAAACCACUUCCUGUGUCGCUCGUAUCCGGCACUAAGCGUCCUAGAGCUCAUCAACGUGACCACCUGCGGGUCCUUCUUGUACGAUCAGGUGGUACUUUCCUGCAAUAUGGCACAACUGGAACGGCUGGUGCUGAUAGAACCGGAUAAAUCCAUCAAUUUGAUGCUCUUUGAAUACAUCGAUCUGCCAAAGCUGAGAGAGGUGAAGCUAAAGUUCAAAGAAUCUUUUUUAGCGAGCAUUUCAGUUGGAAAACAGCUGCGGAUACAGUACGUUACAAUUGAGCUCAGUGUGGUUAACGUGGAUACCUUCCAAAACAUUCGACUGGUGUUGCCAAAUCUGAAAAGACUUACACUGUCCGGAUGCUCAAGGAAUGAUUUCCAAACUGCACGGGAAAUAAUCACUGGCUGUGAUGUACGCUACAGACGAAAGUGGCGCUUUGAAGAAGCAUUAUGAAAAAAAGCCUCGUUCGGAUUCAUUAAUCUGAAUAUAGUUUGUUGUAGUUAGAAAAUCUUUGCUGUAAUUGUUCAGUUUUGAAUAUAUAAAUAUAUGCGCAUAAUGAGUUUUAUAAAAAAA